AUGGCUUCGCGUCUUGGAGUUUCCGUACGCGCCGCCUUAAGCGCGUCACACGCCCCUCACUUAGACGACGGACGACGACGUGAUUCCUCCUCUUUGUCGAUUUUCACGACGGCGAGUUCUAGGAAUCGAAGGGGGAGAAGCGGAUUGAGGACUCUUAGGGUUUCAAAUGAAGGAGCUGAAUCGUACCUUCACAUGUGGAAGAACGCUGUCGAUCGCGAGAAGAAGGAGAAGGCCUUUGAGAAGAUAGCCGAGAAUGUAGCCGUCGAUGGCGGCGAGAAAGGCGAAGUCGAAUUAGAGAAGAAGAGCGACGAGUUCCAGAAGAUCCUGGAGGUUUCCGUCGAGGAGAGGGAUCGGAUUCAGCGGAUGCAGGUCGUCGAUCGUGCAGCGGCUGCGAUCUCGGCGGCGAAAGCGAUCCUCGCCUCUAACAAUUCAGGCGACGGGAAAGAGGGGUUUCCUAAAGAGGAUAAGAGUGGCGGAAGUGAAUCUACAGAGACUCAAAAAAAUGCUAAAUCAGGAAUGUGGAGCAGAACAGUGUAUGUGCCUCGCUCAGAAACUUCUGGGUCUGAGACUCCAGGACCUGAUUUUUGGUCAUGGACACCUCCUCAAGGUAGUGAGAUGAGCUCUAAUGCCAACGGAGACUUGAAAGCUGCGGUUGAGCCAGCUGAGUUUCCAACAAUGUCAAAUCCUGUACUGGAGAAAGAGCAUUCGUCGGAUUCUCUGUCGAUACCUUACGAGAGCAUGCUUUCCUCCGAAAGACACAGCUUUGUUAUCCCUCCUUUCGAGUCUUUGAUCGAGGUUAAGAAAGAGCCAGAGACAGAGACGAAGACAUCGUCGUCGGAACAUGACCUCGAUCUCAUAUCUUCAGCAAACGCGGAAGAAGCGGCUCGUGUGCUUGAUGGUUUGGAUGAGUCUUCGUCCUCCGGAGUUAGCCAAGACGGACUGAAGUGGUGGAAGCAGACUGGUGUGGAGAAAAGGCCUGACGGUGUGGUUUGCAGGUGGACAAUGAUACGUGGUGUUACUGCUGAUGGUGUUGUCGAGUGGCAAGACAAGUAUUGGGAGGCUUCUGAUGAGUUCGGGUUCAAGGAACUCGGUUCGGAGAAAUCAGGACGCGAUGCUGCUGGAAACGUGUGGCGUGAGUUCUGGAGAGAGGCAAUGAUGCAGGAGAAUGGUGUUGUGCAUAUGGAGAAAACCGCAGACAAAUGGGGAAAGAGUGGGCAAGGCGAUGAAUGGCAAGAGAAGUGGUGGGAGCAUUACGACGCUACUGGAAAAUCAGAGAAAUGGGCUCACAAGUGGUGCAGCCUUGACCGUAACACACCACUUGAUGUUGGACACGCUCAUGUCUGGCAUGAGAGGUGGGGAGAGAAGUACGACGGGCAAGGAGGAAGCACGAAGUACACAGACAAGUGGGCAGAGAGGUGGGUCGGAGACGGUUGGGACAAGUGGGGAGACAAAUGGGACGAGAACUUUAACCCGAGCGCUCAAGGAGUGAAGCAAGGCGAGACUUGGUGGGAAGGGAAACACGGUGACCGGUGGAACCGGAGUUGGGGUGAAGGACAUAACGGUUCGGGUUGGGUUCACAAGUACGGUAAGAGCAGUAGCGGAGAACACUGGGACACGCAUGUGCCGCAAGAGACUUGGUACGAGAGGUUCCCUCACUUUGGCUUCUUCCACUGUUUUGACAACUCUGUUCAGCUCCGAGCUGUUCGGAAGCCUUCUGAUAUGUCCCAAGAGAAUUAA